AUGAAGAAAAGAGAAACUUGUUGUUGGGUAUUUCCUGCAAGAUGGGCUAUAUUCUUUAUAUCAUUAUGUAUAGCGAUAUUUUCUGCUGCUUUAAUUGUAGCCACUUUUAAGCAUAGAAAUGCAAUGAUGAUUCAUCUUUCAGUCAUUAAUAAAGUAUUACCCUGGGUUUAUAUCAUUAUUCUAGCCGUGAGUGGAGCAAUAGGUGUAUAUGGUCUUUUAGCUACAGUAGCUGGAAACUAUGGUUUUAUGAUUUUAUAUAGAGUCAUGUAUUGGUUGAUGACUAUAUUUAUUGUUCUCAUUUGGCAAAUUAUUAUAUUUAUUCUUGCCCUUGUGAAUCGAACCAAGACAACAAAUGCAUGCAAUGAAGCUAAUCCACAUCAAGACUAUAAUUCAACAAAAAAUGCCACGCUUACCAUUGAUGGAUAUUCAACGACUUUAUUAGGUCUAAAAUUUGGUGAAACCUAUGGCUUUGCUAAUUGUGAUCAAGCUGUUGAAGCAGGUAUUAUUGGCAUAGCUAUUUUAUUAUUUGCUGGAGGCCUUUUCAUGACUUGGUUUGGUUUUACUGUGAAUCGAUAUACAACAAGUACAAAUGAAAAUUAUUUGGGAUCAAGUAAAGGAGUCCAUUUUCAAGAGGUUUAA